AUGGACUGGUUUGCGGUUGACCGACCGCUUGUUAACAUGGUCAAGUGCCUCACCAACUACAAUGAUGACAGGAUGUCUCGUGAAAUGAGAAGUUCUUUGAAGUCAGAUAAUGUCAAUAGCUUAAUUACAGGCCUUAGUAGAUGCGACGAUGGAUGGGUAAAAGAUUGGGAUUCAAUAAUGUGCUUCAAAGCCAUGGACAACGUGGUCACUCAUGACGUCGCCGUUCACGAGUGCUCUCGUUAUAAAGGCGGUCAACUGGCCACUUACCAAUUAUUACUUAAGUCGAAGCUCGUUGACGGUAUCGAUUCAGGUGAAUAUUUCAUCAGCACUUUCGGAACUCAAGAAAAAGAGUUUAAAACCUCAUCUGGACAGAAUGUUUAUAGGGAACAAUUUGUACCAUCAACUGAGUAUGAAAAAUUCCCAUGUAGAUCAUUUGAUGAUAUUCCAGCAUCCAGUCCUUUAAAACGUUCUUUAAACAAUUAUUUCGAGAUCGUUCGCUUUGAUUAUCCGGAAUCUUACUAUGAAGAUCUCGCAAAAUCCUAUUUAAUUUCACGUACGUUAAGAUAUGGUUUAUCACAAGGCUUACACGUGUGCCACCCUCAGAAAUAUGACCAGAGCAGAAGUUAUAAACUUAUUCAUUACAACGAGGCUUUAGUAAAAUUUACAGACAUAAAAACUGACUACUUAUAUACGACAAUCAACUACUCCGGAUCUCUUGCUUGGACGGAUGCAUACCCAUUUAUGACGUUUGAUUACAUUAAGGAUUGGAUUUCGAAUCCACACAUACAAAUAUGGAUGUCCUGGCUCAACAGUUCGGACGCUUAUCUCGAGAAAAUUAUCAAGAUUAAAAAGAAGCUGAAAGAUAAAUACGUGAAAGUUAGGAGCUCAGAGGGUUGUUACAAAGAAAUCAUCUCACAGGGUUCAGAUAAUUUUCUUUUUAACGCUGGAGUAUGGUUUGAUUUUGCUUCAAGUGACAUUUCAUGCCUUACGCGCGGUUUACCGCCGAAAGCCGAAGCUGUAUGUGGUGGAGAUUUUAAUGACGGUUACAGGUGGCAUCUAAAAAAAGUGUGGGAUUGCACCUCAGUGAAUCUCAACGAAGCUGGUGAAAGUUCUGACCUUACUAAAUCUUUCUCUGAUAUCCUUCGCAACGAAAUCGCCAAAACAAUGGUUACAAUAAUCGAUGAGUUAUUGAGUUCACCAGUUGAAAUUUUCAAGAAGGCGCAAGAACAAACUGGAGCACCACUGUCAAAAAUUUGCCAAAUCCUGCAUGCAUGCGUCUUCGCGAAAUAUGAGAACGGUCAAAUGGAAUGGUCGACAGAUGGCCUGGAAACGAUUGACUCAAACGUUGAUGACUCUUACAUCGAAUGUGAAAGUUUUCAAAAAGGUCUGCAUUUGAAGGAGGUGGGCAAUGCUCUGCAGUGGGUGUCUGUGAUGGGAAUCGUCAUCUCCAUCGUCUGCUUGUCCUUGGUCAUCAUCGGACAAAUUAUCUUCAAAAAAUUUUGCAAUGGGCAGUAUCACAUUGCACUUCUUAAUUUAUCAAUAUCCCUCAUUUGCGUCAAUCUCAUCAUCAUGUUUGGACUGGAUAAGAAACCGUCAUCACCCCCAUUAUCGUCGUCAUCAUCACUCUUACCAGCUGUCGUCGUCAAUGUUACCGGAUUCAUCGAUUACAGACUGUUCGAUGGUUUUGAACAUCACUGCUGGUUAGCUAAAAAAGCAUUCUACUUCGCCUUCUUAUUACCUCUCGGCUUGAUAAUCCUCGUAAACAUCUUUGUGUUUGUUAGGGUUAUUAAAGGGAUUUCAUGCGACAGACCGACAGGAAUGGUGACGAAUCAGUUACAGUGCAAACUGAUCUGGUUGAAAGUUCAAGUGGCUCUCUGCACUUUUUUCAUCAUGGGAUUAACAUGGUCGUUUGCCUUCCUCGCUUACGGUGAUGCAUCGGUCGUCAUGUACUUCCUGUUUGCCAUCUUCAAUUCUCUUCAAGGAAUUUUCAUUUUUUUGUUGUUCAACUUGCGAGAAAAACCAGUGCGCUGUGCGUGGGGCAGUUUCGUUCGAAAACCGGCCAGAUAUUUGCCAUUCUCAGCAACAUCGACAGGGACCGCGACAAACAGUAACAAGUUCACACCCAAAAAACUUUCUGACGAAGAAAAGAUGAAAGCUUUAAUUAGGGAGUUGGAUUUGUUGAAUGCUACGAGUUCAGAUCAAACUUUGGAUGAUAGUAAAAGAAAUAAGUUAAAAAAACGUUUUGAUUGUGAUGGGAACAGUGAAGAACAGGUCGAGACUUUUUCGAAAUCUAAUUAA